AUGGAUGUGCCAGAUCGACCAACAUCCAUGAUUGAUCCUGAGUCCGGAGACUGCAGUCUUCUCCUUUUUCUGGGUGCGCCUGAGCGACAAGCAACCAAGUCGGUGUCUGGCCGAGGGGUAUCCGGUCGAUGUCUACCAUCGAAGGCUAAAGAAUUAGCUGUUCGAGGGGAACCACUGUCGAAUAUUUUCCCGGGACCAGAUGACUUUAGUCCAUUCCUUGUAUUGGAUGCGCCUGAUCGACCAGCUUCCAAAUUCGGGACUUCCCGUAUAGCGCCAUCUCCAGAUGUGUCUGAACGACAAGCAUCUGAAUCCGGGGCGAACGGAAUCUUCAUCCCUCCGAUGGAUGUGCCAGAACGACCAACAUCCAAGUCCGUGGCUGAUUCUACUGGCCGAGGGGUAUCCGGUCGAGGUGUACCAUCGAAGGCUAAAGAAUUAGCUGUUCGAGGGGAACCACUAUCGAAUCUUUUCCCGGGACCAGAUGACUUUAGUCCAUUCCUUAUAUUGGAUGCGCCUGAUCGACCAGCUUCCAAAUUCGGGACUUCCCGUAUAGCGCCAUCUCCAGAUGUGUCUGAACGACAAGCAUCUGAAUCCGGGGCGAACGGAAUCUUCAUCCCUCCGAUGGAUGUGCCAGAACGACCAACAUCCAAGUCCGGAACUUUCGAAUCUGCUUUAACCAAACUUUCGCUGAAGCUUUGUACUUUGACUUUCGAUAAUCUCUUUCCUUCAACGCCGUUCUUCAACGUAUUAGAUUUGAGGCUCUUAGAAAAAACUGGGAACGUAGCGAUGCGAGGGGGAUCCGGAGGGUCUUGA